UAUCCCAUCUCCGUCUUUCUCCCUUUCUCUCUCUCUCUCUCUCUUUUGAGGGACCCGUUUGUUCUGUUCUCUUUUUGCUUUCUAAGGUUGUUCUUAGGCAAGUUUGCCUGUGCUCGAACUGGCUAACUCAGGCGAAAUUCUGGAGGAAGAAGGGUUUGAUUCCAGUAGUAUAGGGGUGGUAAAAGCCCUAUAUGAAGCCUUAAACGCAAGAGACGUAGAGACGGUUCACCGCCUGCUCGCGUCGGACAUCGAGUGGUGGUUCCAUGGUCCGCCUUCUCACCAGCAUAUGAUGCGAUUACUCACUGGUGCUUCUUCAGACCAGCUUUUCGUUUUCGUUCCUCUUACCUUCACUGCUAUUGCCUCUACAGUUCUCGUUGAAGGCACAGAUCAGAACCAUUCUGUUUCGUGGAUUCACGCUUGGACGGUAACUACCGAUGGGAUAAUCACCCAAGUCAGAGAGUAUUUCAAUACAUCUCUCACUGUGACUCGAUUCAUUGAAAACUCAAAACAAUCUUCGCCAUCAUCAUCUGCUUCAUCUGCUUCUGCUUCGUCUUCAUCAUCUUCUUCCUCGUCGUUUAAGUGCCAGCAUCUGUGGCAGAGCAAGCUUCCUAAGGACGUUCCGGGUCUUGUUCUAGCGAUCUAAUUUCGAAUUUCUCAGUCAAAUCGGUGGUUUCAGAGUUUGAAUAAAGGGG